AGCUGCCAUAGGCAUAGCAUGCACUAGUGAGCUGAUGAUGGCAGAUGAAUGAAUGAGAGAAUUUGACGGUUUCGUGACAGCUACGGAGCUCAAAACUCAGGAACAAAAUACACAAUUUCGGCUGCAGAGAUUACACUAGAAUUCCAGCAUGGACAGCCCACCUCCCACGGUCCCCUGAGGAAGCUUCACACCCAGUCAGCCAACACCGUUUCAUGGUCAAGGCCGCGGCGGUGGAUUGAUCAGACUCUGGGACUGAGAGCCGUGCGAGAGAAGCGCUGCCGAGAUGCCCUCCAAGAAGAACAAGUACAACUUGGUGGAGGAUGCUUACGACACUCGCAUCCCACUGCACAGUGAGGAGGCAUUUCAACAUGGGAUUGGAUUCUCAGCCAAGUAUAUCGGCACGCUUGAUGUUCCACGCCCGAGCAGCAGAAUGGAGAUUGUCACCGCCAUGCGGAGAAUCCGGUAUGAAUUCAAAGCCAAGGCCAUCCGCAAGAAGAAAGUCGUCCUCACGAUCUCGGUGGAUGGCAUCAAAGUCACCCUCCGGAAGAAAAAGAAGAAAAAGAAAUCUUGGGAUUGGGAUGACGAGAAACUGCUGAUCAUGCAUCACCCUGUUUACAGGGUCUUCUAUGUCUCACACGACUCCCAGGACCUAAAAAUCUUCAGCUACAUUGCCCGCGACGGCCAGACGAAUAUCUUCAAGUGCAAUGUCUUCAAAUCACAUAAGAAGAGUCAAGCUAUGCGCAUUGUGCGCAGCAUUGGCCAAGCCUUCGAGGUGUGCCACAAGCUGAGCGUCCAGCACGCGUCCACAACAGGUGACGGACAGGCCGACGGAGAGAGCGACAAACAGGGUGAGGAACAGGCUACCGAACCCAGCCCCGCCCACAAUCGAGCGGUGGAUGGGGGCAACGAGGCCAAGCCCCGCCCACUCUCGUUAGAUGUCACUAAGGAAGCACCCAAGACGGAUGACCAGGGCGUCAAGAUGCCAGAACGGCCGGCCAGUGCUCAGCCUGAGAUGAUGAGCAAGCAUCCAUUCUUUGUGACGCACGCACAGCAGAGGUUCUCAGCCUUUGUCCCGCCGGUGGGCAUGGGCUACGACGAAGCCAGCAUGUCUCACAUGGCGUCGCUGUCGCUCUACCACCAGCGCCAACUCUUACAGCAGCAGCUGCAGCAGCAGGAAGCCCAGACGCAGGUCGCUCUGGCCCAGGUGCAGCUGCUGAAAGACCAGCUGUCGGCCGAGACCUCAGCCAGGAUGGAGUCGCAGGCACGAAUUCACCAACUCAUGGUCCACAACCGUGAGCUCCUGAUGCACCAACAAGAACUCGUCCUACACAUCCAGGAGCUGGAGAUGAAACUCAACGGUACCUCGCCCAGCCCCGGUAACCCAUUUGUCAACAUGCAGACACAAAAAUCCCAGCCCAGCGAGAUAACCACGCCCAGAUCAGGUGGGAUCCUCCUGCCGGAAUUCCCUUCCUUAGCGGACAGUCUGCCGUUUGAUCUGGUGGACCAGAACCCCGAGGAACCAGAGCCGGAGGACCUGUUUGACAACUACGAGGCCAUCAAAAAACAUCGGGAGGAGAUGAAACAGAUGAACAUAUCCCAGAGGCAACCUGGGGAUCGGAGUAGCGGCAGCACGUCAGACAGUAACAACGAUCUCUUCAGCCAAGGCCCGAUCCUCCCGGACGGCCACAACGUCGACGACUACGACGAUGACAACUUCAUGAAUGAGAGCCAAGAGGAGCUGGUCACAACCAGCUUGAAGAAGCUGAACAUUCUCUCAGACCCUCCGGAGGGGGACAGCUUCGGCCCGGCUGACCGGGACAUGUUUGACACGCCGACAAUCGAGCGGCCAAAAAAGAUGGGGAAGGAGCUAACAUCGACACCCAACGAUGGCAUCCGGGUGAUCGUGCCAGUACCCAUGCAGGACUCGACGGGGAACAGGCUGGAGCUUAACGUCUCUCCGGUAGCAGAGGCUCCAGGAGUUAAAUCCCCAAAACAACGUCGCCGGCAUCAUCACAGCAGCAAGCCACAUCAGCAGAAACAACAAGAACAGCAGCAGCAACAGUAUCCAAACUUGUUUGAGACAUCCAACAACAACAACAGCAGCGGAGUGACGGAUUCCUCGGGGACGUUAACCGAGCGGUCGCCUCUCAACCUCAACUUCAACCACAACUCCAGGGGCCAGAGUCUCUCUGAUUCCCGACUGACGGACGCCGGCAACCACUUCACCAAGCUCGCCCUGCAUUCCACAUCUCUCAACAUCCAAAGCCCUGGUGUGCUGUCUGACGGAAGCCUGAGCCCACACGGCAAUGAGCUGUCCAUUCCAGACACUAAACUCCACAUUAGUUUCUCUGACGAUGAAAACACAGAGAACUCAGAAGAUUCUGGCGUUCCCCGGCCGCCCAGGGCGCUGGAAUCCUUGAACUUUGAUGAGUUGGAAGUUUUGGAGACGUAGAAAAGCCCAGCAAUUGGCUCUACCAUUAUUCAUUGGAUUGUCAGAAACCACGUGGUGUAUUACACACUAUUGCUUCUGAAAACUGUGGCAGUAGUGUUUGUUAAUAAUAGGCCAACAGUUUCAGAUGGUACAAUGGCUAAUGGGUUAUAAGGGUCAAACUUGCAACAUCUGAAUCCUGGACCCAAUUUCACGGAGUUGCUAUAAAACAGAAAUUUGUUUAUGGGCUAGUAGUUGUAGGAUUCUGAAUAACUUGUUUACAACCUGAUAACAUCAUUGGGGGAAGAUCCUGGAGAGUUGUUCAGAAUCCUGCAACUCCUCAUACCACUGACCAGAAUAAUGUGCACAUAUAUGGUCACCAGUUUGUGACUAAAGUUUGUAAUUAAAUUUAAAGUGUAGCACUGAAUCCUUGGUGUGUACCGAUGAGCACAUGCCAAUAUUCCCACCCAACUCAUGAUAUACAUUGAACCCUCACCGCUUUGUGCAGAAUCUUCUGCAACUAUUCUUUGCCCGGUUUACGGGAGUCAGAGCUAUGAAAUUGGGUCCUGUAAAUUGUAGGGCCGUUGUGGACUUUUUAAAGUUACUGUUGAAAAUGGCAUUAUAAACUACUCAGGCAUGCAUGUAACAACUCAAUUAAGAAUUCUACAGCUUAAAAAUUAUGACAUGAAAAGUAAAUACAAAAUCUAGGAGGAAGGUUGGGCAAGUACCAUGAGUCAACUGGUGGUUGAUUCUCAACGCAACUUACGUUUGCACACCAACAGCAAUGUGUGAACAACUCCUGUCAUACGCUGGUGAAAAUGUCAUCACGAAACUUUUGAAUCCUGGUUCCCUGCUGUGUAUUAUGAUACAUGCAGCCAUUGGCAACCAACGAUGCAACCAUGCACCGGGCUUCGGCUCCAACUAUUUGAGUAGUCCGACCAUUCUGUAUUGGAGUGAAGUUAGACAAACUGUGGUUAACCAAAGUCCUCACCCUAACUUGCUCUCGGAGUAAUUGCAGAAUACCCCGCCACUCGGAAAUACACCCCUAAAAUCUCUGGCUACGAGGUUGGAAUCACUGGAAAAAAUUCUAAGUCCAAACCAACCACCCUGUUGGCGGCUACGCGGAUACGGAGUGGGAGUGCAGUGGAGCAUGACGCAUAGUAUAUAAAGUAGUGCUGAGAAGGUUUACAGACAAGGGAACUAGACAAGCCAAUGUAAGAAGCUCCGAGCUGUCUGCACCUGCCUCUAUUAUAAGGUGAACCAUUUGAGUAAAUUGACACGGGCUGGCAAAGAAGGGUCCCUUGCCAUUGGAACAAAAGUUGUGCCCCACCGAUUUGUAUUAUGAAAAGUGGUCUGUAAGUCUGCUCCACAAAAUGCUUGGUUGGCGCUUGAAAAUUGCUAAGUAAUUGUACACUGUGUAUAUUAUGCUGUAUGUGGCAGGCAGCCAUCUUGAAUUGUGAAUGUUUCUUGUUCUGCAUGUUUGCAUGGAUAAGUCUUGUCUGCCUGUGGAUGACUGUUGAGCUGUGAUGGAUUUUGUCAUCAAUGGCUCUACUCUACAGAUCUUGGAUAUUUUUUUUUCCAUUUCCGUCUUCUCGAGGGGAAACCCUUGAUCUGGCUAGCUAGCUGCAUGUGUCAAGGUACAUGAACAAGUCAAUGACUUUUGACUGAGAAUAAGCAUACAUGUUAAAGGUCUAGCGGUAAAGAGAAGCAGUUUUCGAGAUGGUCAGUGUAAACAUGUUGUUUUAGACUUUGUUGAUACUGAGGUGAUUCUAGGCUAGAAUUUGAACUCUUUUUGAAAUUGCCUCCAAAACAUGUAAAUUACUGUGCAUGUAUGUAUAUAUUCUGUUAAAUUACUAGUAUUACGUGCUCUCGGUAGCUACGGUACAUGGACUCUCUGUAUGAAGAAUAGAUGGCACUUAAAUUUGCGACCGCUAUCAAGAGCCCAAUGGGAGCAGUGGGAGGGUGUGCAAAAGUAUGCGUGACAAAUUUUUUUCAACAUGUGCACAAUAGAGCUGUCUCGAAUAUACCGAAUAUUCAAAUAUUCUAUCGUCAACCGAAUGUUAGAAAAAAGUACGCACAUACACAUACACACAUCUCUGUAAACACCGGCAAAUCAUGGUUCCUGGACCCCCUAUUGUCCCUAAUCCUCAUUCCUUUUUUUGUACUUUUAACUUUUUAGCAACAGCUCUCAUUGGUUUUGUACAUGGACAAUCGGUCAUUCGUGGACGUAUUGUCUUAGGUCCACGAUUGCCGGUGUUUACAUUCUCGCACAUUCUUGUUUCGCAGUUGUGGGGACAAACACUCGUUGCUACGAGAUAUUUGUAGGGACCCAAAACGCUGUGGGGACAGCAGAAAGUCCCCAUUACUCGGUCCUAA